AUGGCCCAGGCACUAAUCCCCCUCAAACAUGGCAAGAAUGAGAUGCUGAGUCUAGUCGCUCGUUUGAAUGGACAUGUCUUUGAUACCGACCCUGUAAUCACCUACAUGCUGCUGGAGAUGCCGAGGGAACAACGUUUGGCAUAUCUGCCGACCUAUUGGACUAUCCUGGUUAGAUCUGCGUUACUAAACGGUGCAGUGAUCACCGAAGCCGACAAUUGGAAGGCUGCCUCGGUGAUUUUACCACCUGGGAAAUAUAUUGACAAUCUUUGGACUCUUCUCUCUGCAGGGUUUCUCUGUGUCCUGUGGAGAAUGGGGUUCGCUGGCUUCUGGAGACUCUGGACUGAAUUCUCAGGAAUGACAGACCGCGCCAAAAAGAUCGGACUUCACGGUCAGAAGCGGUACUAUUACAUUUUUAGCAUUGGCACGAAACAUGAACACCGGGGGAAAGGUCUUGCUAAAGCGAUUAUGAUCGACCAUCAGAAGACAGUAGAGUCCAAAAACCUUCCCAUCUGGCUCGAAGCUACGAGCAAAGGUUCUCGAAACCUCUAUCUAUCUCUAGGGUUCAAAGAAAUCGAGGAAAUUCUCCUGGGCAAAUACAAGGUUGCUGCCGAUGCAAGUCUACAACCAGGCGGUCCCGGGAUUUCCAUUUAUGCAAUGGUCUGGUGGCCGGAGUCAUCUUCUGCUAGGCCCUAG